GAAUCUAGUUGUUUAGUGACAGGAAGAAGUAGUUGGACAUUUAUAAGUGUGCUUGACUGCUAUAGUAUAUACAAUAGAGAUUUUCUGUGAGAUCACAGAAAAAAACAAGAACUUACGAAAUUUUGAAGAAACUAUUUUCAAGUUUAUCUGAGACAGUGGAAAGAAAAGGAGAGACCAACUCGAAGACCACACAACCUAACCAGCUCCAUCUGGUCACUUCAAGGGGAACACAGUUCAGCCAUUCGGAUCUAAUCAAGUGUAUUGUGAUGGCAGAUUACCGGUGAAAUAUUUACAUGGUUGCUGAGAGCCCAUCCUUGAUACUGGCUCACACUUUAUUUGCCUCUGAAGGAAAUAUUAUAAAAGGAAAGUUCACUGUAAAAAUAAUUUUUCAAAGUUGUUAUAUUAUUGGAGUAUGUUUUACAAGAAAAUAAUAUUUUAGUCUUCAUGUCAGUACUUUGACAAAAUUUCAUGUUUAAUUUAAUGUUACUCACCGUUUCUUUGUAAUUAUUUGUGAAAUUUACUAUCAAUUUCUGCUAUUUCCCUAUUUACUUUCAGUGAAAAGUUACAAAAAAUUAACAGAUGACAUGACUUCCCUACCGAAAAAUUAAAUUAAAUUAAAUAAUUCAUUCAUUGAUUUAUUCAUUCAUCCAUCCAUUCGGGGGUUAGGGAUAUAAAAGCAUUUUACAUCAGCUUCAAAUAACGUUGCUUUCUGAUUCCACCAGUUUUUCUGACGCCUUCCUGAUGGGAUCAGAUAACGAGACCAGCUCCUUUGGGAACUUGACAAACAACAUUGUGAGUAACAAUAUCUCUGUUACCUUUGGGGCCCUCAUCCUCAGCAUCGUCUUCCUCCUGGGUGUUCCUGGCAACCUCUUCAUUAUCUGGAGCAUCCUGGCAUGUGCCCGCAAACGCUCCGUCACUACCCUAUUCAUCCUCAACCUGGCUUGUGCAGACAGUUGUCUGAUGUGUCUGACGAUUUUCUUUAUAAUAUACCUAGCAAAGCAGAACUGGAUAUUUGGAACUGUCAUGUGCAAGCUGCUUUUUUACUUGUGCAAUACAAACAUGUAUGCUUCUAUUAUGAUCAUUACGCUGAUGAGUCUACACAGACUAGUGGCAGUGAUGUGGCCCACAUACUUGACUGCCUGCACUCGUAGACGGACAGUGUUACUUGUGCUCGGGGGCCUGUGGAUUGUCGUAUUUCUUUUGGCACUUCCUGCUUUAAUAUUCAGACGAACAGAAAAGAAUUACAAUGGGAAGGAACGCACUGUGUGUGCAACUCAUCACGAUUAUCCACAGCAAGGAGUAUUUCAAUACACACUUGAAACAGUGGUGGGCUUCCUGGUGCCUUAUGUGAUCAUAGUCAGCAGUUACGUGUGUAUUCUUCGCCGCCUCAGACAGACCAUGUUCAAGAGAAGGAUACGAAGUGAGAACCUUAUUCAAGCCAUUAUUGUGACGUUCUGCAUUUUUUGGCUUCCUUACCACUGUAUUAAUAUAGUGCAAGUGGCAGCAGCUCUUACAUCAGAUGGAUUACUCAAAAAGCAACUGGAUAACAUCUGGCAGUUCAGCCGUGCUGUUACGUCCGCUCUGGCUUUUAUCAGCAGUUGUGCCAAUCCUGUCCUCUACGCCUUUGCUGGACGCUCAUACAUCAAAGCUGAUGGCCUGGCAUUCAUGGCCAGACUCUUUGAGGGCACGGUCCUGGACUAUGGUGCACGGAGAAACCGUCAGAACAGAGAUGUCAUCAGGCUCUAAACCUCAUUGGAGUGCAGACACAAAAAUUAAUCUUGGACAAUAAAUUGUAUAGUUUUGCAUUGGUUUGUAUAUUGUGACUGAUACUGUAGACAACAGGUCAACAAUUUAAUCUAAAGGGAAAUCAGCCUAAAGAUCUAGUGUUUUUAAAUUUGAUUUAAGUUUAUAAACUUAGUCAUUGGAAUAACCAAAUCUAGACUUAUGUUGUGUGUAUAUAUAAAAUCUUCAACGUCGUUUGCACCGCA